AUGGUGAAAUUUGCUGCCAUUCUCACAAAGUUGUCCAAUAUUGCCGGCUAUCAGCAGUUGAUUGUGUCAAAUGGCAAUGCAUCCCCAAAAAUGGAACAGGAUCCCGACGUUUUCGAGCAAGAAGAGUUUGAAGACGAUUCUCAAAGUGAUGGAUCGGAUGAAAACAUCUCAAUGUUGCCUCGAUUCAGCAUCUUGCAAGACUACACUGCAGUGACUGUGACUCAACGGCGUGGUGCUACAGGGCUUGCCGCCCCGAAACCAACAAUACGCGGAUCUCUUUCCGGCCGAUCUAUAUAU